UCUCACCAUGUUGGCCAGGAUGGCCUCAAACUCCCUACCUCAGGUGAUCUGCCCGCCUCGGCCUCCCAAAAUGCGGGGUCACGUGCAUGAGCCGCCGUCCCUGGCCCUGGUCAGGCUUUUGAGUUUAGAUCCAUGAAAGUGUCGCCGCGUCCCUGCUCCCUGCAGGAGGGAGGCCUGUGGGAGCUUCUGCUGUGGCUGUUUACAAGGCUUUGCUCCUGGUGCCUAAGUCUGGAACCUUCUCUGCAGGAGAAGAUGAGCAAUUACUACCUCAAAGUCGCCCAGAACGCCUUCCUAAACCACACGAAGGAUCGCAGCAACAAAUUCAUGCUGGUCCUGGCCAGCCACCACCCCGAGCAGUUACACUGGGACAUCCAUGACUGCAUCGACAUGAUGGUUCACUUCGACCUGCCGCGGCAGGAGGAGCGGGAGCGCCUGCUGAGAAUGUAUCUUGACAAGUAUGUUCUUAAACCGGUGAGCCGGCGGCUCCUCAGUCGGCCCCAGGACGUGCUGGAGGGUGUUGUGCUGAGUCCCAGCCUGGAAGCGCAGGUGCGUGACAUGGCCAUAGGAACAAGGAACACACAGAAGAACCGUGGCCUGUACAGGAACAUCCUGAUGUACGGGCCGCCAGGCACCGGGAAGGCGCUCGUUGCCAAGGUGAGAGCACCUGGCUGCGCAGGGUCAGCGUGCUGGUGUGGGUAA